AAAUCAUCUGUACAGACAAUUGGUGAAGAACAAAUACAGAAUCCUUACACGGAGCUCCUUGUGUUGAAAGGUCAUCAAGAUAUAGUACGAUUUCUAGUGCAAAUAGAUGAUUGCAGGUUUGCAUCUGCAGGAGAUGAUGGAAUCGUAUUUCUAUGGGAUGCUCGGACAGGAGAAAAACUUUUUGAAUUUCAUGGACACACACACAAGAUUACAGCUAUAGCACCAUUUUCUUCGCCAGAUGCUUCUGAAGAAAAAAAAAGUUUGAUUUUAACAGCAUCAGCUGAUAGAACAGUUAUUGUUUGGAACUGCAGUAGUGGCCGACAGGUUCAGAAAGUGUCAUGUUUCCAUUCUACUGUGAAGUGUUUGACAGUACUUCAAAGACUGGAUGUAUGGUUGUCUGGAGGGAGUGAUCUAUGUGUUUGGAACCGAAAAUUAGAUCUCUUGUGUAAGACCAGUCAUCUUACUGAUGCAGGUGUCAGUGCAUUGGUUGAAUUGCCUAAAAAUUGUGUUGCGGCAGCUGUUGGCAAAGAGCUAAUAAUUUUUAGGUUGAUUCAUGAAUCUGAAGGUUGGAAUGUCCUUGAAGUAAAACGCCUUGUUGACCAUCAGGAUAACAUUUUGUCAUUAGUCAGUGUCAAUGACUUGACUUUUGUGUCAGGCUCUCAUGUGGGUGAGUUAAUAUUUUGGGAUGCACUUGACUGGACAAAGCAGGCAUCGGAGUGCAACUUCUGGGACUCCUCUGUCCAUCCAGAUGUACAGCCAGAAAUAAAGUUAUCCCAAAGCCCAAAUGAAACUUCAAUUCAACACUUAACAGCUGAUGAGGAGUGUGUGUUUGCAGCUGUUGGGAAAGGCAUAUACGUAUAUAAUCUUCAAAUGAAGCGUGUGAUUGCCUGCCAGAGAACUGCUCAUGAAUCCUCUGUACUGCACAUUGAGAAGAUUCCAAACAGGCAGCUGAUCUCCUGUUCGGAAGAUGGCAGUGUGCGCAUUUGGGAGCUCCGAGAAAAGCAGCAGCUGCCAGCUGAACCAGUUCCAACAGGGUUUUUCAACAUGUGGGGAUUUGGAAGGGCAAACAAGCAGGCAAACCAAGCUGCUAAGAAGAUGCAGGAGAAUAUGCCUAUGUAUUUCUUGGAGCUGGUUGGUGAUUUGAUUGGUCAUUCAUCAGCUGUGCAGAUGUUCCUGUACUUUGGUGAACUGGGACUGGCUACAUGCUCUGCUGACCACCUCAUUAUUUUGUGGAAGGAUGGUGAACGAGAAUCUAGACUCCGCAGUUUAACACUAUUUCAAAAAUUGGCGCAAAAUAGUGAUUUGCAGCUCGAAUUGUGA